AUGUCUGGGGGACUUUCUGAAAAGGACGACGCCUCAAGAGCAACUUCGACAAACAAUAAAGCCAGCGACAUUUCAAUAGAGGAAUCACCGGGCCAGGGAAGAGGAAACGUACACUAUGUCAAGAGAACUGAAAAUGACUCGCUGCCUGAGUACGAAGGAGAUGUUAUCCCAGGCUACGACGCCGAUCUGAUGCGCGCGCGAGCAAGUCUUAGUAGCGCAGAGGAAAAAAAGUUACUACGACGAAUAGACUGGCACCUCAUUCCACUCUUAGCGAUCAUGUACAUGGUUAAGAGUGUCGAUUUUACAAAUGUAUCCUAUGCUCUAACCAUGGAUAAAGGAACGUCUCGCAAUAUCUUAACUGAGCUCAAAAUGACAUCUGAUCAGUAUAAUCUGGUGACGACCAUGUAUUACAUCCCCUAUAUACUCGCAGAGGCACCUUCCAAUCUUCUGCUGAAAGGCGCCCGACCGUCCAUCUGGCAGGCCCGCAUCAUGGUAUCCUGGGGAGUCGUGCUCUGCUGUCAUGCAGCGGUGACUAACCGACAGGGUCUGUAUGCGGUUCGCUUUUUCCUUGGUCUCUUCGAGGCCGGCCUGUGGCCCGGCAUGCUUGUCCAGUUAUGUUACUGGUAUAGACCGGAUGAGAUUGCCCCUCGGAUAGUCCUUGUGACACUUCUCGGGAACUUCAGCACGGUCAUCAGUGGUGUGCUUGCCUUUGCGUUUAACGGAGUGACAGCUGGUGGGCUAUCUGGCUGGAAAUGGCUAGUCUUGACCGAAGGCAUCUUCACCGUGAUAUUGGGGAUCGUUACGUACUUCCUCUUACCAGACUUUCCCUCUACAGCAUCUUGGCUGUCUGAGAGAGAGCAGACGUUCAUUGAAGCGCGCCUCCCUCGUAACGCUCCGAGAGCAGCGGAAGCCAAUUUCGACCUGCGCGAACUCAUCACGACUCUGAAAAACAAGAGAAUAUGGCUCUUCCUCCUCUGUUGGGCCUUCUUCACCGUCGGCACUACCGGACUUACAUUUUACCAACCAACCGUGAUAGCCAACCUUGGGUUUACCUCUAUGGGUGAAGCCCAAUUGUUAAACAUUCCUUCCGCGGUUUUCGCAGUACUUUUGACAGUCGUCUUUGGUAUCUUGGCCGACAAGGGAAGGAUUCCCCAGCCCGCCAUUCCCCUCGCUUUCAUGAUUGUCAUCGAGGCGUGCUAUGGCGUGCUCUAUGCCUUUCCGAAUACCGGCGGCGUGUACGCGGCAACCAUUCUAGCCGGCGGGCUCUCAACCGCAUGGUACGUGAUGAUGUGGCCCUGGCGCGUGCAGACCACUGAGGGUGCCACGGGUUCUGCCUUCGCCAUCGCCUUUGCGAAUAGCUACGGUCAAAUUGGGGGGGCCGUGGGGUCUCAACUGUUUAAUUCUCGGUACGCGCCACGAUACACGACGUCGUUUGGGAUUGCGAUGGGGUUCGUGGGAAUGGCCAUCAUUAUGAAUCUUAUCACUUGGGGAUUUACGUGGAAGGUCGACGUGGAUACGAGGAAAUUAAAGAGAAUCCGGCUGGCGGCGGCGAAGCAGAAUCAAGCGGUCUUGGAUGAUGUGGAUAUACACGUUGGGGAGAAGCGGCAGUAA